AUGUCCAUUAUGUCGAAAGAAGCUGAACUUUCAAAGGAUGUUGGAAGAACUAAUGAAAAAAAGCGUCAUCGGGAGAAUAAGAAUUAUACUCAUCAUGACGCUACUGAAGCUAGAAGACGUCCGUAUGAUGUCAAUUAUUCUUAUGAGAAGAAGAAGUCUCUACACCGUAAACAUUCAAACGAAAGGGAUAGUUCUCAUGAGAGGAAACAUGUUUAUAAAAAAAAAAAUUCUCAAAACGGAAGUAACAGUCACGAGAAGAAAUCUUUUCAUGAAAAGAAACGCUCUUAUCAUAGAAGACAUUCUUAUGAUACUGGAGUUUCGUAUGAAAGAAGAGAUUCCCAUAAUAGACGGGAGUCUCAUGAUCAAAAACAAGUUGGCCGUAAACGACAUAUGUCAAAUGAGAAAACUUCUCAGCUCCCACGGUAUUCUUUUGAGAAAGACCGCUCUACUGGUACCGUUGUUUCGCGUAAUGGAAGGCGAUCUCGUGGAGAAAAACGUUCUCGAAGUAGAAGGCAUUUGCAUGUAAGGCACUCUUCUCAUAGUAGUAGGCUGUCAAGUGUAGAAAAACCGUCAGUUGAAAAAGUACCUAGAAGACAUAAGAAUUCUUCUUAUGAAAAAAGAACAAAUUUUUAUGAUAGUUCAUCUAGUGAUGUGGAGAACCCAACAUAUUUCCAUAGUGAUAAUACAAAAAAAUCAUCUCAUAAUAAAAUAACUUUGUCUUUAAAAAGGUCUUCUCAAGAGAAGAGUGAUUGUAUCGACGUUAAUGUUUGUUUAAAAGAAAAAAAAUUCAGACAAAGCGGGAGCGAUGAAAAAAAAAGAGAUUGUAAGGGUGCAGAUGUCACAUUGGACCAAAACUUUGAUGAUACAAGUCAUUCAGUACCGGAAAAAAUUGAGGAGGAAGAAAGUACACAUUAUAAGACGAUCGCUCCAUCUCGUCAAAGUGUUAACAGAAGGCUAUCUCCAAAUAUUGAACAUACUCCCCAGUCUACUUCUAAAUUAUCUACGGACUAUACUGAUUCCUACGAAAACCAACAAAAAGAAAUUUUAGAUAAAAAAGAAGAGUAUAAGCCGUGUGAAGAUUUAAAAACAUUCGAGGAGUCUGAAAAUUUAAAAACAUUCGAGGAGUGUGAACACAUUAAUGCAAAUGCUUGUGACAAUUGCAUUGCACAAGAUCGCGGAGAUCCCAUUGAGCAUGCGGUUAAAAAACACUUAGAUUCUUCGACACAAAAGGUCAACACUAAAGAUGAUAGGGAAAAGGAUCCAAAAGAUCCAAUUAAAGGAAACGUGUCCAAUCCCUAUGGUGAUAAGCGUUUGACGAUCAAACAAAAAUUGAAAGGUUCAAAUAUGGAUGAAUCACGUCAGUUGCAUUCUUCCUUUAAAGAAGAGAAGGAUCGUUUUCAAAAAGCAGAAGAUACUUCGUUGCCUAGUGCAACAAAUGACCCUGACUUAGAACAUCAGGGAAAUAAAACCGUUAUGGACCGAGAGUGUGAGGAAGAUGAAAAAGAUACAUCUACUAUGGUUUUGGACCCUACCCUAAAUAAGAUAGACGGGUCUUCAACUACCAGCUUACAUACCCAUCUUAACGAUGACUUGACUAAUAGUGCACUGAUGGAUGGGGAAAAAAAAGAAAAUGAAUCGCUUAAAAAGGACGAGACUCUUCAUGUAAAAUUGAUGGAAUUCAGUAAAUCGUCCACGCGUGUGCAAAGUAUAGAAAAUAAAAAAACACAGCGAUUAGAAAAGAUUCGAAAACUUAUGGAUGCAAUGAAGGAAAAAGGUCUUUUAAAACCUCCAGCCGAAUCAUGUUCUCAAGAAAUUAUUUUGGACCAACAGGCCUCUGUACAUGGAGUGUCCCGUUUGGAUUCGGAAGCUGAUGAUACUUCUACGGUUGACACGUCUUUUCAAUUGAAGCAAAUAAACAAUAAAGGUGUAAACAAAGCCUUAAGCUCGAAUGAUUCAAAAACUUUACAAGUGGAAACGCCAGGUUUUAUUGAAUCUGAAGUUGUACUAGAUGCGGAUGUUACCAGUGAUAAAGAAACCGAAAAAGGGAACGUUUUGGAUUCUCUGGAUGCUUAUAUGGAAAUCAUAGCUACGGAAAUUGAGGAAGUCAAUAGCGCAGGAUAUAAGAAAUCGUCAAGACGCAAACGUAAGAAAGGGAAACAAAGUGACGUUGCCUUUGGAAAACCUGAUCUUAUAAAAAAACCCUUGUCAAUAACUCUUGAAGAAAUUUUAGAUUUACAGAAACAAAAUGCUUCUUUAUUGACUAAAGAAAUGGAAACAUUGGACGAUUCGUCAAAGGCUACAUCAAAAACAUGUUUGGAGUUAUAUGAAGCACCUUUUCAUACAUCAUUGACUGAUUGUUCAAAACUAUCCAUAGAGAGUGACUUGGUCUAUAAUGUUCCCGAAACCACGGAUUUAAGUGCAAUAGACGCUGCCACAAGCCUCGACUGCUUAGAAAACGUAAAGAUUGUCGAUGCUUCUUUAGAAGACAACGAAGAUGCUUACCAUGAGCAAUUUAUUGCUGCUAUUCGAGAACACAGUAACAAUGUAGAAGAAAAAAAAACGUGUGAUGCUAUUGAAGACAUCCCUACUCUUUUAGAAAACAAAUGUGACACCGAGGUCAAAGUAGAAGAAAAAUCUGAGGUGCUUGAUAAUUUGGAUGACGAAGACUACCGUUAUAACUUAGGGAAUGAUGGAGCAACUCAAAAUUACUUUGAUCUUGUACAGAAAGUGGGAAACAAGAAAGAAUUUCCUGCUGUAGAUCAUUCGACCAUAGAUUACCCUCCUAUAGAGAAAAAUAUUUAUGUGCAAGUCCGAGAAAUAACAUUAAUGAAAGAUCAUGAAAUUGAAGCGUUAAGAAAACUUCACAGUGGAAUCCGUGUUCGUGGAAAACACUGCCCACGACCUAUUUUAAAUUUUUACCAAUGUGGAUUACCUAAUGGUAUCUUAAAAAUAAUCGAAAAAAAAGAGUUUGAAACCCCUUUUCCCAUUCAGAUGCAAGCUAUACCCGCUCUUAUGGCAGGUCGUGAUGUUAUUGCUAUUGCAGAAACUGGGUCUGGAAAAACACUCGCGUAUCUUUUGCCUUUAGUGAGACACGUGCUACACCAACCUCCUUUAAGGACAAAUGAAGGACCAAUUGGUUUAGUUCUAGCCCCUACUCGAGAGCUUGCUGUUCAGAUACAACGGGAAGCGCAUCGUUAUACAAAAGCUACUGGACUCCGUUCUACAAGUGUUUACGGAGGAACUGGUAUAGGUGAACAAUUGUCAGCAUUGAAAAGAGGUUCGGAAAUCGUUAUUGGGACUCCUGGGCGUUUGAUUGAUGUCUUAACAAUAAAUUGUGGAAAAAUUUUAAACCUACGGCGUGUAACAUUUUGUAUAUUGGAUGAAGCAGAUCGAAUGUUUGACAUGGGAUUUGAACCUCAAAUCAUGUCGAUUUUAAAAAAUAUAAGACCUGAUCGCCAAACAGCAUUGUUUUCAGCUACAUUUCCACCAGUUAUCGAAAGUCUAGCACGACGUAUUUUACAAAAACCUUUAGAAAUAUCAGUAGGAAACAAGGGUCAAACAGCUUCGCGAAUUGAACAGUAUAUUGAGGUCUGGACAAAUUAUCGGGAAAAAUUUCUUAGAUUGUUACAACUUUUGGGAGAAUGGAAUGAUCAUGGAUCCAUUAUUAUAUUUGUAUCUAAACAAAAUGAGGCAGAUGAACUCUUUGCUGAAUUGUUAAAGUAUGGUUAUCCCAGUUUUGUGUUACACGGAGGCCAAGAUCAAGCGGACCGUGAUUUUACGGUUCAAGAUUUUAAAGAAGGAUCUAAGGCGAUUCUUGUAGCAACAUCUGUCGCUGCAAGAGGCUUGGAUGUCAUGUCAGUUGUUCUUGUUAUCAAUUUUGUAGCACCUGAUCAUCUAGAAGAUUACGUCCAUCGUAUAGGGCGUACUGGUCGGGCGGGAAAUAUUGGCGUCGCUUACACAUUUUUGUUACCUCAAGAAGGCGACAAGGCUGAAGAUUUGAUCAAAGCCUUAAAACAAAGUCAGCGACCAGUUCCUGAGCAAGUUCAGGAACUGGCUGAUGAAUUUCGCGCUAAAUGUAACAUGGGAUUAGCAUGUCAGCAUAAAAAAAAAGGUUUUAGAGGAAAAGGUUUUAAAUUUACAGCAGCAGAACAAAGCCGACAGCAACAGGAACGUCAACGCGUUAAGAAACAAUUAGGAAUGAAUGAAUCGGACAACGAAGAUGAUGCGACAAUACUUGACGGAGAUGAUUUUGAAAAUCCAAUGGCCCCAAUGCCUCCAGUUCCUACUUCAGCACCAGCAACACCAGCGGUUCCCCUUGUACCAACCGGGGAUGUUGAAACCGCAUUUGUACGUGCUAAAGCUUUGGCUGAGCUUAUUGCUAAGCAAGGUGCAAUACCUAGUACAACAACAAUAACGACACCACCAACAACAACAACUCCACCUCUUCCCGUUACCAUACAUCCUAUCGCACAAAUUCCUUCUAUAAAUCCACCUGUCAUACCCACAGCGACUAGUACAACAGCUCUGGAGAUUCCCGGUGAUCAAAAGUCUAAACAAGUUGCAUCCUUACGUACGACAUUACAGCAACAAUUAGAACUUGUUUUCCCGAUGGUCAAUCCCGCAUUAAAUGCUUCUUUAGGAAUGACUCAACGCGCUUUAAGCAUUUCAAACUCAGUAACAGCUGCAGCUGCUGUUGCUGCAGCAACAGCAGCUGGUUUGUCUCUUAAAGGAAGUUCAGGAGUCGGUUUUCCGUCUUCAACCGGAAAUGUUCCGGGACUUUCAUCUAUGGCGUAUAUAGAUCAAGCGACUGGGAAUGCAGUAGAUGAGUUUGAAAUCAAUGAUUACCCGCAAUAUGCGAGAUUUAAAAUCAUGCAUAAGGAUAUACUGCACCGUAUUGCGGACCAAACAUCAGCUGUGUUGCAAGUCAAAGGCCGGUAUAUUUCUACUGAAGAAAAAGAUUCUCCUAUCAGCGUAGGCGUCAAACGACUUUAUAUAGAAAUUAUUGGUGCUACCCCCAUUAUUGUACAACGAGCCAAGCAUGAGAUUCGAACUUUACUAGAAGCUGUUUCCUUGAAGCAACUUAAUGUUGGAGCAACUGUUCGACCGCCAGGUCGCUAUUCUGUUAUAUGAUUGGAUUAUCCUUUCACAGUUGAUCAAAUAUAAAAUAAGUAUUUUUCGAUUGUAUGCGUAACACAAAUUUUUCAAGUGUGUUAUUAAAAUGAUUGUUGUUUCAUAUGAUUUUAAGUUUUUUUUUCUUCAAAACACAUCCUUUUUAUUCUUGGUCAUAGUUGCGAAAAAAAUUACCACUGUAAAAAAAUUUUUGCGGUUGGAAACAGCAUCAGUAGCAUCUGUUGAGUUAUAUUUCACCAAAGACACAAUCAAUCAUGUGAUGUCGUUACAUAAAAAAUGACUUUGUUUCCUUUUUUUAUUAAGAAAAUGUGCAUCAAACGUGUUUUGAAAGAAAAAUAUAUUUUUUUGUAAAGUAUUCUACUUGA